UGUGUGGAGGUGCGGGUUCAUUUCUGAGUGGAUGUGCGCGUGCACGGGCUGUUGCAUCCUCCCGAGGGACCAAUAGCUCUCGUCAAAGCCCACAUUUCAUUCAUCUGUGAGCUGGGAUGUGUUUCAUUGUGUCUGAAAGCUGAGGAUACUGAAGCCGAUACACAUGAUGACGAUGAUGUGACAGCCAUCCCUUCACAUCAUAACAGCGUUUCUGCUAACGAAGCAAAGCCUUUCACGUGAACCGAUAGGAAACCGAGGACAGUUAUUUGGAAUAACACGCUGCACCCUGCUUUUCAAACAUCUGGGAGGAGGAGAAACAGAUUUUGAAGAAACUUUUGCACCCCAUGAUCCUCACAUCAAGAGAAACAGCCGUUCAAUCUCUCUGUGGUCUCGUAUCUCCUCUGCUCUCUUCUAAUGGUUUGAUGGAGAUCUGGUCGGAUGACAGCUGGAACUGUUGUCAUAACCGGAGGAAUUCUCGCAACAGUGAUACUUCUUUGUAUCAUUGCAGUGCUUUGUUACUGUAGACUCCAGUAUUACUGCUGUAAGAAGAAUGAUUCUGAAGGGGAGGCGGGUUCAGUCGGAGAUCCUCAGCCGCAGUUUGCCUGCAAUGCAUGCAGUGCUCCAGGGGUGGAUGGGGCGGCCGUUACCCCUCUCACCCUGCCGUACGACCCUGCUGCAACGCACAAAUACUGCCCCACCUGUUCACCCCACUACCUCCGUGGCAUGGAUGAGAUGCGUAACGGUGGCGAACGCCUGUCUUACAUGCCCGCUCAUUACGAGAAUCAUGGCGCUACCGCCCUUGGUCUGGCCGCCAUGUACGGCCCCGUGCUGAGCCAGCGGAGUACACCGGACUUUUACACCAACACACGAGCCAUCAGCACUGACGUCUGACCCUCACAAACAUGGAGGUGGACCCAGGGACGGCACUAUGGACCAGGCCUCAACCGGCCACCUGUAAAGCUACUGGAGCAGUGUCUUCUCCACGAAGCCAGGAUGCAAAGGACUUACGGGAUGGCAUUUAAGUCUUUCACAUCUGUUUUAGUCUUCCUUAUCUUUUUUUUUUUCUCUCUUGCACACCACUUCCUCUUUCUGCUGUACUGGUUUCAAAAUAAGAACAUUGAGGGCUAUAUGAUGUUUGGGUUUUACUUAGCAUUAUAAUAGGUUAAAUGCAAAGACAAUAUUAUAACAGAUCAAGCAUAAAUGACAUUUUGAAAGUAGAUAUUGAAAGGGUCAUAUAUGGGCCAUUCUACAGAAUUAGUCCAAAGUAAGAGUUAAAAACCUUUUGAAAAAAAAUGUCCUCACAAAAUUUGGAUGUACUUAAAUUGUAUAAUAUACCGAGGUACACAUUUCUAGUAAUUAUGCAGUUAAUUCUCAUAUUGUUUUUUCAGAAAGUUUGGGAAUAUUUUCCUCUCCGCGAAUUUGUCACUACCGAAACAGUGAUAUGUCAUUUAUUAAGAAGGGUUAUAUUGACCUAUUAAGAGUUUACGUCUACCUUGCUAUUUUUAAACAUGUUUGUACAGGUCAAUCAAUAACAUUUACAUUUUUACAAUAUUUCAAGUGUAAUUUAUGGGAUUUUUUAAUACAAUGGAUGUUUUGAAUACAAUAUUUCUUUGUAAAAAGCAUAAAGUUGAUCAUACUGAUUUCAAAGUUAAAGAUUCAUUCGUUUAAAGGUCCCAUUCUUUCUGUGUUUUUGAAGCUUUGAUUGCGUUUACAGUUGGGAAUAUAACACGUGUUUAUGUUUUAUGUGUAAAAAAGGCGGUAUUUUUCACACAAUUUACUUAUCUGUAUUGCGCUGUUUUCACUGUCCUCAAAACAGGCUGAUGUCUUUCUUGUUCUAUGAAGUCCCUCCUUCAGAAAUACGUUUAGUGCGUUUUGAUUCGAUAGCAGCUUAGCUUGCCGUUAGCUUAGCUGGCAACUGACGUAUUCCUGUGGGCGGAGUUUAGUUAAAAAACUGUUCUAGUGACGUCAUUAAAGCAGGAAGUAGAGGGCUGUAGUCAAAAUCGGCCGUUCGCUGUAGGCUUUGAAAGGCGAAUUUUGUUAAAGAAAAUAUAUCGCCUGGCAGUGAACUUUGAGCUUUAUCAUUUUACAGGUAUUAUUUAUGAUCUUACAGCAACAUUACACACUAAUUAGGGUUUAAAAAAUGUGAACGUGACCUUUAAAUACACAUUCAAUCAAAAACUAUCAAAACAUCUUAGUUGAUAAUUCAAUAUACUUUAUUUUUGACAAAACAUCCAAUGUUUCGUUUCGGUAGUGACAGCACAUUUUUAGUAGUGACGAAAACGUGUUUGUGUAGUGACCACAAUAUUUAGUUUGCCAUGGCUUAAUCAAACUGUUAACAAUGUUGCACAUCUGUGUGUGUUUGUGUGUGUUGCAUGGUUAGAAAGUUCACACAGUUCUAAACAGUUGUAGCCGCCACAUAAAAAAGCCUAAAACUAAAUUUUAUGGAAAAACACCCAAAAAAAUGCAGAGAAAAUGUUUGGUAAUGACGUUCCGUAUAGUUACACACAGAUUUUUAGACUUUUAAACACAUUUAUCUCAAAACAAUGGGACAUACUCACCAUAUAGCUACAUGAGAGAGGGGGACACAGGAAUAUAUAACAAAAUUAGGGGUGUUGUUAAAAUCAGUCUCAGCCUAUAGACUCAAACAUACACUGCCUCGGUAGUGACAUGAAAAUGCGGGAUACGUUUUACAAUUUUUUAUGAUUAAAAAAAAUUAAAUUCACUUUUUUUUAUCAAAAAGAUAUUUUUUAAAAACAA